AAUCUGUCUCAUCUUUUUCAACAACACUUCAGAAUAUGGAGUCAUUCGAGUCUUUCCAGAAUACAAUGAAAAAUUCCAUAAACAAAAAGCACCAUCAGUCCCAGUUAGCUGCCCAGCUUCCCCCUCCAGCCAACCUUGUCUCGCCAUCUCUUACCAGUCCUCUGGCACCACGCCCACCAUCGCCAUUACAACCUCCACACUGCUUAGCCAAUGAUAUUAGUAACAAUGAGAGCCGGUCCAUCUCGCCUGUGCCCUGCGCGAGGGACAGGCCCCCAGCAAAACCUUCACAGCAAGUCAAGAAAAAGGCAGAAACCGUCGUCGAUGUACAUAUAAACGAUAAUGUGAAUAACAGCAAGUAUCCAAGACAGAACAAUAAGAAUAUUUUCUUGAGGAAUCAUUGGUCUUAUGGUGGAGAACAUUCUCAAGAAAGCCAGGAAACCAAUAGUCCGCAGAGCUCUAUCCAGAUGACAGACAAUUCUCUGUGCCACCAAUUAGAAGAGCCCCAAUCUAAUGGUCCCUCUGGGAGUCUGUCAGGAGACCGCCUCAGCGAUGCUAGCUCCCCUUCUACUACUGGCAAUGGUUACCAGUGUGACAGUGAAAGUGGAGACCAGGCGUCGGAUGUGGAAUCUGAUCUAUUUACGAUAAAUCAUAAAAGAAACUGUAACCUUGCCACUACCACAACUACAACAACUACUACUACUACUACUACAACAAUCACCACCAUAUGUGGGGUUAUCAGUACCUGCAGUAGCAGUUGUAGUAGCAACAGUAACCGCGUUAGCGGCAACUGCGUGACUGCAGUGCCAGCUACAACUACCAAUACUUUCAGCACACGCAGCCCGUUGACCGCUGGUAAUCCCGCCACCAGCAUCACUGCCACGCCCACUGUAGCUGUCAUCGCCCACGCAACCAACUCACCAACAACUCUAACAAGCAGCUCUGCGAUUGCUGCAAGUCCCGGCACGACUUCUAACUCUCCCAGUUGCAGUGUAUCUGCCUCGGUCUCUACACCUCAGCCACAUAACGCCAGCAACUCUAACAACAACAACAGCAACAAUAACAACAACACAAACACAUUUCCCACCACAGCUCUUCCACCGACUUUUCCCCACCCGACAUUCUCGUCCUCGGCCUCAUCUGGCACCGUUGCUCACAACUCUCUGCCCAACCAUUCCCAGCCACACAACUUAGCACACAGUACAAUACAACAACAACAGCAGCAACAACAACAACAACACAACUCGUUGCCACACAGCUCACUGCCUCACAACUCCCUGUCACACAACUCACAGCCAUACAACACACAGCCUCACAACAACCCACAACACAACACACAGCCUCACAGCAACCAAGCACAUACCACACAACUCCACAACACACAACAUCACAGCAACCAACCACACAACACACAACCUCACAUAACACAGUCCCAUAACACACUACCCCACAACACACAGCCCCACAACACACAGUCACACAACACACAGCCACAUAACACACCAUCUCACAACACACAGUCACACAACACACUCUCACAUAACUCUCACAACUCCUUGCCACACAACUCUCUGCCUCAUUAUUCCAACCCACACUCAACUCACUAUACAAUCCCACACUCCACUCAUGCCCACUUAACCCACUCUUUCUCGAACCUUUCAAAUUCAGCUCUUUCACACUCGGGACCCACCCACUCUGGUCCAUCACACUCAGGGUCCUCUCAUUCAGGGUCCUCUCACUCCGGUCCUUCUCACUCAGGACCGUCUCACUCUGGUCCAUCACACUCAGGACCUUCCCACUCGGGUCCUUCUCACUCAGGGUCCUCCCACUCUGGUCCUUCUCACUCGGGACCCUCCCACUCUGGUCCCUCACACUCGGGACCCACGCAUUCUGGUCCAUCACAUUCGGGACCAACCCACUCCGGUCCUUCUCACCCAGGACCCACCCACUCUGGUCCGUCACACUCAGGAUCCUCCCUCUCUGGUCUACCACACUCGGGGCCCACCCACUCUGCUCUGCCACACUCGGGACCCACCCACUCUGCUCUGCCACACUCGGCACCCACGCACUCGGGACCCUCCCACUCUGGUCCAUCACAUUCAGGACCUUCUCAUUCAGGUCCAUCGCAUUCGGGACCUUCCCACACCGGUCCAUUACACUCUGGCUCCUCUCACUCUGGCUCCUCCCACUCUGGCUCAUCUCAUUCGGGGCUAUCUCAGUCGGGCUCUUCCCAUUCUGGCCCUUCCUACGUAGGAACUUCUCAUUCAGGCCCGUCUCACUCGGGGCCAUCUCAUUCGGGCUCAUCUCAUUCAGGCCCAUCACACUCGGGCCCGUCUCAUUCAGGCACAUCUCACUCGAGCUCGUCGCACCCGGGCUCAACUCACUUGGGUCCAUCUCACUCAACACUUCACAUAACUACUACCCAUUCAACUUCUCAUUCAUCCCACUCCCACUCUGUUCACUCAAGUCACACUCACCCUCAUUCUGCCCACCCACACUCCGUGCAUCCUCUUUCUAAUUCUCUUAGUUCUUAUCCUAGUUCCUCUUUGACCCACCACACCUCCAACCUUGCUCACCCUAGCAACACUCCGCCCUUGCCAUCACUGUCAGUCAAUGGGCCAACACCUCCAACUCCGCCAUCAAAGCCUCCUCUACCACCUCCACCUCCCCUUCCUCCAGCCCCCUCAGUUAUCUUGUCUCCUUCUCCCCAUCUGAAGAGUCCCUCCCCCCAGUCAAAAGCUGCUUCAUCAAUUCAACAGCAACCGCCGCCACCACCACCACCAGUGCCGCCUAUAGUUCGUGAAGCCCCAAAACGAACGCCGCCCUCUCCCAGAGCACUUCCACGCCGAGACGAUCCUGUCCUCACAAAAGAGAAAGAAACGUUGCCGUACAUUUCCAAGAGCUCUGUCGGAUGGACUAGUCCAACGGCUGCACAGUUAUACUCCUCCCCGAUUCCGAUUGCGGCUGGUAACUUACACCUCCCAUUGAACUCGCUGCAUACGCAUCCGGCAUCAUUCUCUCAUCACCCGGCUGCCCCGCCGCCGCCGCCAACUCUCCACCCACACCACUCUACCACGGCACACCCCGCCACUCACAGUAUGUUUGCAUCUCCUCUACCUCCACCACCAACUCUAACCUCUACUGCCUUGCAAGUCCCGGCCAAUGUGCAGAGCCAUUUUGCAGAUUCUAUGUCUUUCCAAGCAACUCGCCCUCCUCCAACAUCGAAGCAGUGCGAGCAUUUGGAUUUUCCUGGCGGUCUCUGUCCGUCUGUUAUUAGUCCAUACUUACAUGCUGACUAUUUGCAACGUGAAGUGAGCAACCGGUUGUUGGCCCAUGACCGAACCGCUCCGCUCGGACCGGCCUCCUACAUGAGGACAGAGAUGCACCAACACCAACAUCAACAUAUGCAUCAACAUCAACACACACACCAACACACGAUUGGUCUAAGCACCCCUCCAUUCUCACCUUCUCUACUGCCCAACAAUGCGCAGCACCUGUUUGAGAAAAUCCCCCGAUAUGAGCCCUCAUUCUACCGCCAAGGAAUUCCGGGACUCAGUUAUGCUUUACCCUCACUGCUGACCCCAGCUGCUCCAGGAACUGCCCCCUUAAAUUCUGGCAUACCUGGGGCUUUUCAACCUAAAACCAUCAAUCCUGGGGGUAUAUCAUCUGACCCAGCUUUACUGUCUCUUCGAGAACGUGUGAAACCUGGUCCUUCUCCAGUGACACCAAAGAAAACUGGUAAAUGGUGUGCAGUGCAUGUGCAGGUUGCCUGGCGCAUCUACCACCACCAGCAGAAACAACACGAAGCACAGAAGGGUGGUGCAGACACAAAACCAGUUAUAGACCCACUGCGACCCCCUACCCAUCUUUUACCCAACAGUAAUAUACAUCGUCCUCCAGAUUUAGGGAGCAGCGCUCAGCCUGCACUUAUAAGUCCUUUCAUGGGAUCUACAAGACCUCCAUUUGAUUCAGGGCCCACACACCACAGCAGCUUUUUAAACCCAGCUCAUAUAGGUGUAUCACCAUUUGCACGGCCAUCUCCGUACAGUGUUGGCUUCCCUGGUCUAGGAAAUAGUUUAUUUAAUGGUGCCAGAGAACUGUCCAGCAUGUCAACACUGUCUCCAGAAUGGAACCGCUUACACAAGACACCUUCAUCUUUCCCUACUCCGCCAACGUGGCCCAAAACCGAUGAACGGGAGAAGGAGCGGGAGAGGGAGCUGAGUCUGCAUGACAGAAGGAAAGAAGAAGAACGUGAACGAGAAAGAAGAAACCUCGAGAGGUUAACCAGUCUUGAUAUUGACCGUGGUAGGGAGAAGGAUCGAAGCGACAGAUACAGAGAAGCAGAAAGACGUCGGUCGCGAUCCCGAUCUCGUUCCCCGAUAAGAAACGGUCGGCUUGAAGCAGCCAAAGCUGAGGUGGUUGAUAAACGCCACGAAGAGAAGGUCAGCAUAAAGAUCAAAGAGGAACGCCGAGAGGAAGAGGCUCAACUACUCGAACGCGAUAAACUGUUACGAAGUAACGAGUAUUUGUUUGGCCCCCUAUCCCAUACUGCAGCCACCAUGCCUGUCAACAUGCUGGAAAGGGCACGCAUGAUUGGACCACGAUAUUUCAGUAACGAACGUCCACAGCUCGGGGUUUGGAGUCACUACGAGAAAGGUUUCGAUGUUGCGCAUCACCGAUUAGACUUACGAGAUAUUGAACGCGAGCGAGAGCGCGAACACAUGCGAGACCUUUAUCUAAGAGAACGGAUGUUUGAACGCAUGCCGUUCUUUGAACGAGAACGCUACGAGUACGAGCAAAACAAACUGCCGGCAUUGAGAGCCGUUGAUCCGUUGUCGGUCGGACAUUUCCCCCGCACCGUCAGUCCUAUGGUCAACCAUUCUAGUAAGAGUAACUCCCCAGCGAGUAUACCAGGGGCCCCACCCCCUCUGAUUCCCUCAUCGACUACAUCACAUCCUCGCAGUCAUACAAACUCUCCCGCCAGUUCAAAAUCAAAGGCAAAUAGUCCAUUAGACAGUGCAAAUGAGUUGAAAGACAAACGAGAUAGCCAUUCUAGCUCUACGGAUCCUGAGGCUCAUUCUAGAUAGGACUAACUCAAAACUAUUUGAUGGAAUUGUAUUUAAAAAUUUAUUGGAACAAAAAACACACUUUUUUUUUUUUUUGAAAUUUGAGGAAGAAGAAGAAGAAAAAAACAAUUUUUUUCUUUUUUUUUUUUAAUAAAAACCAAUUCAUUGUAAGAAAGUGCUUUUUUUUCUGUUUAAUUGUGAUGGAAAGAAAAGACAUUGAUUUUGAUACCGUGAAUAUUGUGUGUAGGUCUUUCACUGUACUGUGUACGGUUCUUUGGUGAGACUCGAAGACUGGCCACGCUGAAAAGCUUCCAGGACUUUGCAGAAUUUAAAAUAAAUAAAUAAAUAUAUGAAAAAAUUAAAAUGAUGGUUUUUGACGAUGAUUGAUAGCCACAACACUUCCUAUAUAUGGCAGCACCAAAGAUAGAAAGAUGAUAAAAAUAACUGACUGGGAGAUUGUUGUAUUUAAACAAACAAAUCUUACUGAACCAAAAAAACAGAGAAACCACAUCAGGCCACCUGCUGUUUGAUGAUGCUGCUGUUGUUGUUAUUGUUGUGUUGUUUGUAGUUCCAUGAAAGAGAGCGAGAAGUUUGUGUGUGCGUGUGUGUGUGUGUGCGAGCGCGUUUGUAUGUGCGUGCGUCUCUGUGUGCGUAUGCAUGCGUGUAUUUUAGUGUGCUGCAAGACCUGUCUAGGUUGGCAGGAGGUUGCCCCUUGCCCGUCCGACAACCAAGCCUUUUUCUUUCUCUUUCUUUCUAUCUCUAUCUCCCCGCCAUCCCCGCCCCUCUCCUCCCCCUGCCUCCCCGCCACCGCUCGUGUUGUCAGGAAGAACUAGGGGGUCAGCCGCCUUUCCCUAGCAUCUAGUGAGUGUCACAUGUUAUAUGCACCUAUAGGAACCUCUGUAAAAUCGCUGGUGGUUAGCACCUGGCACACCAGUACACCGUUCAUGUGAUUGCUCAAUGUAAUAACUCAUUCUAUUUUGCCUAUUUUGCAAAAAAAAAAAAAAAAUAAUAAUAAUAAUAAAUAAAUUUAAUGAAUUUUAACAGAUUAAAAACUUGAAAUUUCAAACCCUCCCCCCUUCUCCAAUUUUAAGUCAGCAGACUGUUAAAAAAACACACAAAAAAAAAAAAAAGCUGGUGAAGUGGAGCUAUACAGAUGGAAAAUGGCUGGAUUUGCUUUUCAGCCGUUCUCGCUGGCUGACCGGCGCAUAAAUACUAGCUGAGGUGACUAGUGCAUAGCUAGCUGAAGUGACCAGCGCGUAAACUAGCUGAGCUCAAGCCAGCAUAUAUAACUUAACUGAAUUGACCAGUGCAAAACCAGCUGAGCUCAUCGUGAAUUAUUUAGCUGAACGGACCAGUGUAUAAGUAGCUGAGCUGACCAGCACACACACACACACACACACUCACACUCACACACACAAAAAGAAAAAAGCAAAAAAAUAUACUGAGUUCACCAGUGCAUAAUUAACAGCUGACCAGCGCAUAACUAGUUGAGCUGACCUGAGCAGUACACAUAGCUAGCCAGAGAUGGGAAUGUAUGCAGAGAAAGGAUCAUUUCUUAAAGAAAAUUUAAAAGACAAAGAAAAUAUUGACGAAAGAUUUCAUUUCAUGUUUUUUUUGUUUUGAUUUUUUUUUUUUUGGUAAAUCUUCGAUUUUAUUACAGCUGUUAUUAUUAUUAUUAUUAUCAUUAUUAUUGAUUUUUUUUUCUCUCUCUUUGCUUUGUUUUUGUCCAAAUUUGGAAUUGGUUGCAAAGCUGUGAAAAUUCUGGCCAUGAAGAAAAAAAAAAAAAAAUCAAUUUAGAGAUGAAUUUUUUUUUACAAAAAAAUAAAUAAAAUAAAACAAGUACAUCUUUCUAAAUUUUCUAUCUCUUGUACCCUACCCACUGCCCCCUAUCUCUCUCAACCACCUUCAAUUUCUUGUUUCAAUGUAUUUCUCUAAAAUUCUUAAAUCAAUUCCUAAUUUUAUUC